ACUAAAAAUUAAAAAUAAAAUAUAUUAAAAAGUGUUUCAAAAAUGUGAAAUUAAAUAAAAAUAAUAAUAAAAUAUUAUUGUUAACUUAUUAGAAAAUAUUUAUUUUUUUUUUUAAUUUUACUUAUGUGUAUGUGUUUCCUUAAAGCCGUCGGUAAAGCAAACAAAAAAAAUUUAUUAUGUUUAGUGUAAAAUAUAUUUAAAUGAAAAGAAAAAAAUUCUUCAACAAAAAAUAAUAAUGCCAUUUCGAUUGGCCUGCAUAUUUUAACAAUUGUAACCGCUAGUAAGCAAACUAAAAAUACAUAAAAAGUUGUUCAUAUAUUCAGUUUAAAAACCAUGCCAUUUUGCUUGCAUACACAUUUCCUGUUUAUGUUGUGCUAUUAAAGUUUUGCGUGUCAACACCAUGUAAUUCUAGUUUCAAAAAAAAAAAAAAAAAGUUGAAUUUUUAUUUGGUUUUUCUGUCGAUAUUUGUAUAUUGUAUUGCAGCUUCAUAUACAUAUAGUUAUUUGCGUGUUGUGUGUUUUUUUAACAUAAAAUUGACAUAAAAAACAAUUGCAUGCAACAUUUUUAAACAACUAUAAAGAAAGCUAAAUAAUACUAAACAAAAACUAUUGUUUUUAGUAUGUGUGUGUGUGUUUUUUUAAUAUUCACUCCUUAACUUAUGCAAUACGAUAAAGUGUUAAUUACUGUUAUUUACAAUGAAACAAUGAGUAUAAAAAAAUUAUAGUAAAAACUAUAAACAUUUUUAUUUGUAUUAUUUUUUUUGUCGAAAAUUAUUAGUAAAGUUUCGUAAUUGGAAAUGUAAAUGAACCUUUAAUUUUCCCCUAAAAUAACAUAAAAACGCAUAUACACAAAAACAACAACAAGAACUUGUCGGUCAACAGGAAGUUAAACAUGAAGAAGAAUUUGAAACAAAAAUGGAGAAAAAACUAAAUAAAAUAAACUAUAUACAUAAAUAUGCAAUAUUGCAUGACAGAAAUAACAGCAAAUAACUAACAAUACAACAAACAAAAAUAUAUAACAAAUAAAAAAAAAAACAGUGAAUAAAGAAAAAAAACAAACAAAAAUAUAUAUCAUAAAAAUAAAGAGUGAACAAAUAGCAGAAAAAUUAUGAAUGAAUGAGAAAUAAAAUGUUUGUGAAACCCGUUAAAAUUUGCAAUUUCCGUUUUUUGAUAAAGAUAAACUGAAAAAACGAACAAAUAUGCUAUAAAUUUGUUACUUUUUUGUGUUAUUUGAAAAAAUAAAAAAAACUAUUUCAAAUGACUUAUUUCCGUUUAAUUAGAAAUGAAAAGCUAAAACUGCUACAAAAAAAUCAGAAAUAAACAAAAAUUUAUUAAAUUAUGUGUUAAAAUGGAGCAAACAUUGAAAAUGAGUUAAAUUUAAAAACAAAAAAACUUUAUAAAUAAUAAAAAAAUCUUUAAUAAUAUUUUUUGUGAUUUUACCAGAAAUAAGUGGCAAUAAAUUAAAAGUACUGUUGUUAGUUAAAUAUCUUUCAUUUCUUAUUUCUUACCUUCCUUGUUUUAUAGUCCUUUUCAUUAAGUCUAACAAUUUUCUUUUCUUUCAACAAAAGUGCAAGCAAUUAUUUUGCAAUUAAAAUUCCUGCAGCUUUUAAGCCCUCCAAACAUUUGUUUUCAACUUUUCUACUCUAACGACUUGAAUGUUAAAAGUGCUGCACACUUGGGCAAAUAAAUUAAACCCAGUGCUAUAAAUAAAUUCAAUUCCUUAGUGUUAUAAAACAAAACAAGGAAAGUUAAACGAAAAAAAAAAAAUAAAAUAAAAACAAAGAAAGUGUAAAAAUAGUUCAAACAAAUUAAAAGAAAAGUAAAACAAAAAAUGACCACCUCUAACUUGUACACAACCAGCAGCAGCAGUAGUAGGAGCAGCUCAACAUUGGCCGCUUUAACCACCAUGGCUGCCACAACUUUAAAAGUUGUGGCUGCUUUAAAUAACUCGGUAACAACGGUUGCUGCAUUAGCGGUGGCAGGAACAACAGGUGCUCUGGCCACCUAUAUGGCCGAGAGCCAACAUUCCUCCCUAACAUCAUCAGCAUAUGCACAUCCGUAUCAUAGUAGUUAUACGGCCGGAAACAACACCGCCAUAGCCAAUGGCAACACCAAUAUUAACAAAAUAUUAUAUCAUAAUACCAACAACAGCAGCAACAACAACAGCAUCACUGAUAAUAGCAGCACCCUCAAUGUCAGCAAUUAUAAUUCUUCCAUAUCCCUCUUAGCGCCGGCACUAAAUAUGACCCACAGCCAUUUUAUAGGAAGCCUACACAAUGUCAACAGCACUCUCAUUGGAGGCAGUGGCAGCGGUUUCAUUAAUAACAAUAAUUCACUGGUUGAUGGUUUAAUGGUCGAUCAUUUGCCUCUUCAAUUAAUUACGUCAACAGCCAGUUCAAAGGGAAACCUUGAUAUAGAAAUUGAUAUACAAUUAUUAACCAGCGAUUAUGAAGGAAGUACGAUAACGACAUAUUUUAAUGAAACGUCAUGGAUAAAUCCCUCAGAAACCGAUACGAUAGUGGGUGAGGAUCCCGAAGUGGAGUCACUUUUAUCAUUAGUUGUUGUUGGCAUUUUCCUAUCUGUACUAAUAUUCUUGUCAAUUGCCGGAAAUAUACUCGUCUGCCUUGCUAUCUAUACAGAACGCAGUUUGCGUCGUAUUGGGAAUUUAUUUCUAGCAUCAUUAGCAAUUGCGGAUUUAUUUGUGGCUUCGCUGGUGAUGACAUUUGCUGGAGUUAAUGAUUUGUUGGGUUAUUGGAUUUUUGGUGCACAAUUUUGUGAUACAUGGGUUGCCUUUGAUGUGAUGUGCUCAACGGCGUCCAUAUUAAAUUUAUGUGCAAUAUCCUUAGACCGUUAUAUACAUAUAAAAGAUCCACUGAGAUACGGUCGAUGGGUGACAAGACGUGUAGCUGUCGUCACUAUUGCUGCCAUUUGGCUAUUAGCCGCCUUUGUGUCAUUUGUGCCAAUCUCAUUGGGAUUGCAUCGACCCGAUCAACCGUUAAUAGUAGAGGAUAAUGGUAAAAAGUAUCCAACUUGUGCAUUGGAUUUAACACCAACGUAUGCAGUUGUGUCCAGUUGUAUAAGUUUCUAUUUUCCAUGCGUUGUGAUGAUUGGCAUUUAUUGUCGACUUUACUGUUAUGCUCAAAAACACGUGAAAUCCAUCAAGGCUGUAACGAGACCUGGUGAGGUGGCGGAGAAGCAGCGUUACAAAAGUAUACGACGUACCAAACCCCAAGAAAAGAAAAAGUUUAAAGUACGCAACCUGCAUCAUAGUUCACCGUACCAUGUGUCGGAUCACAAGGCUGCCGUGACGGUGGGUGUCAUAAUGGGUGUCUUUCUCAUCUGUUGGGUGCCAUUCUUUUGUGUCAAUAUUGUGGCUGCCUUCUGUAAGACGUGUAUAGGGGGGCAGACAUUUAAAAUACUCUCAUGGUUGGGCUAUUCAAAUUCCGCCUUCAAUCCUAUAAUCUAUUCGAUAUUCAACAAGGAAUUUCGUGAUGCUUUCAAACGCAUCCUAACGACACGUAAUCCCUGGUGUUGUAAUCAAGACAUUGGCAAUAUACAUCCACGUAAUAGUGAUCGUUUUGUUACGGAUUAUGCCUCAAAACAUGUGGUGGCCAUGAACUCGGGUCGUUCGUCAGCAGAAAUGGAACAGGUGUCUGCAAUUUGACCAACAAAACGAACCAGCGAUUAUGCCUCAUCAUUGGUAUGUUGUGUUUCCGGCUCAGCAGAUGCGACUUCAUUGACGAUUACACCGUAUGGUCCCUGAGAUUCGGUAACAGUGGCAUCUACGACAAUUGUUGUAGAGACACUGGACACAGCAACAAGAAUGGGCGAUAGUAAGCAAAUGGAAACAGUAUUAGUUUAGAAUAAAGCAACAAAAACAACUCAAUUGGAAAACUGAAAAACUGCAACAACAAAAACACCGACUACAUAUUAAAGUAAACAACAAAAACAACAAAAUACAUUUUUUUUUUGUAUAUACUAGUAACAGACGCCAUUUACACUACCACUACUAUAACAACUAUAAGUUUUUUUAGUCACACUCACAAACACAAAGCAAUUAUCCUACUCAACACACAUUCUAACACGCACACAAACAUACAUAUUGUAUAUGAGCAACUGGAUUACAGGGUGAGCGUUAAACAAAUCAUUAUUAAAUUUUUAUUUAUAACUUUAAGUAGUUAAACAAAUAACUAACAAAAUUUAUUUAAAUUUUUUAAAACAAAUUUAAAUUUUGUUUAAAACAAAGCUAUUUUAAAUAAUUCCUAAAAUACUCUUUAUUAUCCUUGUCAUAUCCUUAGCAAAGAAUUUAUUUAUUUGUUUAACUUUUUUUCGUUUUAGUAUUUAAUAGGUUUUUAUUGUUAUUAAUCCUAAUUACUUAAGAAAUGGGAUUAUAUAUUUUUAAAUACGACUAAUUAAUUAUGAAAUCAUUAGCAAUAUUUAUGAAAAGAGAGUGGACAAACUAACAUACAUAUUUAUUAUUUAAGGAAAAAAUUCCCAGAGAAAAAAUUUAUUAAAAUUAAUUAGUGAUAAAUAAUUACAAACAAAAAGUGUACAAAAAGAUUAAUUGACGGUAUUAAACAAAUAUGAAUUUUAUGUAUAUAAUUUUAAAAUUAUACUUUGUUUCAUAGUUAUAGGGACAUGUUGAAAAAGAUUUCCUUUUUUUAGUAUAUUGACUGAUAUUUGUAUACAUGUCUUAGAGUUGUAUGACAAUUUUUAUAUUUAAAUUUAAAAUCUUUUUUCUAUAAAUAUUAAUUAAAAUAUUUUUUAAACAUUUUAUUCCAAAACUAUGAAACAGAGUAUAUUUUCGAAUAAAUGCUUAUUUUACACCGUAUCUUAUUUAAUAGAAAUCUAGUCAGAAAAAAUUAUGAAUGGAUUUUCUGAUAAGCAAUGAUUCUGUUAGAAAACUGAAGUUUCUAAAGAUAUGGCUUAGGUCUGUUAAAGGAGAAGUUUUCAAAUAUCUAAUAUUUCAUAUUUUCCAUAAACAAUUAUAGUGAUAAACUACAUUUAAGAGUUUGUUUAAAAAAAAUUUUCUUUUGAACACUCUAUUAUACAUGCUGUCUAUUAAUAAAUGGCUUUAAUUUAAUUCAAUUUAAAUUAUGCUGUUUCGUGUAUAGAAUUUUAAUUGAUUUUUUUCGUUAAUUUCGUAAAAUGGGAUUAAAUGGCUUUACAUAUGUAGUUAUUCAAUUAUAAAUAAUAUUUUUAAAUGCAAUAAAAUAUAUUUUUUUUGAAUUGAAGAGUUAUACACUCUUCAUUUACAUAUAUAAAUAUUUACUUUACUUCGUAAAAAGGAUAUUUAAAUUUUUUAUUUCGUUCGUAAUUUUUACAAUAUAUAAUUUCAUAAUAUAUUCUGGUUCUUAAUACAUAGUCUAGUCAAUGAAGCCAUGUCUGUUGUAUGUCUGUCCGUCUAUAUGUGUGCUUGUUGAAAUCAAUAUUCUGAAGACCCUUUCAGUAUACAAAACUUCAAUAAUUCUCUUAGUAAUAUAUGAGUUACGUUGAUAAAAAGAUGUUAAAUUACAAUGAAUUCAAAGAAAUACUACAUGAAAGAGAAAUAUUUUUUAGUAAAAUAAAGGAAUUACUUUCAGAAACUAAGUUUCCUGAACAUAAUUCUUAAGAUAUUUCUAAUUGGUGAGAAAUGUUAUAUCACUCUCAGCAUAAUUGGAACUAACUUCAAUUAAUAUCUGCCAGUGGCAUAAACAAUAUAGUGGUAAGCAUCGUGUAUAAAAUACAUGUGGAGAUGAUUGUCGUCCUUUCCACAUAUUUUACAUUCGAUUGAAUCCGCACGUCCAAUUUUGAAUAGAUGUGCCUGUAUUUUAAGUGGAUAAUACCUACCAUCAUAGUAACCUCCGACUAGCUCAUUUCAAGACGACAAGAUAAUCUAGAUAUUCAACGAAUGUCUUGACAGUCCUCUCCACAUGUUUUAAAUUCGUUUGAAUUCGCACGUCCAAUUUUGUAUAGCUGUGUCCGUAUUUUAAGUGAAUAAUGCCUACAAUCAUUCUAGCUCGAUUCAAAGAGAUUUCUAAUCUUAUUUUUAUCAAGGUCACUAUUUCAGAAGACCUUAUGGGAUUCUUUCUCCCAUAUUUUUAAUUCAGCUUUCGUUGCAUUGAAUGGUUUUGUGUUCAUCAGGUUAACUAUCUCGAGUUAACUUCCCUGUUUUAUUUAUACAUUCACGUUUUUGUUGACGUCUACUACAGUGACCUGAUAUUCAUAUUAUGUAAACCUUACUUUUGGUAGAGUAUUCGGUUAAAGAUUUCUUACAAUCCUAUAAAAUUAAACUUAGAUUAAACUUUAUGACCUUAUGUGGUCAUAAAGUUUAUUUUUAUUUACUCAUUCUAUUAUUGUUCGGAUUUCUGAACGCCGAAGUAUCUGAGACAUACCUAUGGAAAGUUUCCUAUCCAAAUCCGCAAAAUCCAUACAUAAUUAACAGAAUUAUAAGCACAAUUCGGAGACAACGUCUGAAAAUUUUAUCAAAAAAUAAAAUUUUUUGCAUACUUUGACAAAAUAGCAACAACAACAUUGCUUAUUUGAAGAAAAGUAUAAAUAUAUAUAUAAACUCAUAUAAAGUAGUUUCAUUUGUAGAAUAUAGGCGUAUGAUUGAUAUUGUAUAAUUAUAGCAAGUAUACGCAUUGAAAUGUAUUGAGAGAAGAUUCAAACUUAAUUGUUAUGAAGUUUUUUGUUUUUUCUUAAAAGAAUAAUUUAAAAUGGGUAUGAAUGUAUAGUCUCGGCAUGAUCGACGAUAUGAUGCCCUACACAAGUAAAUAUGUUAAAAAUUUGGAUUAUUUUUAAAUUAUAUAAUAUUAAUUUUAGUUUUUUACCCUAAUUCCAGAACAUUUUUACUUAUUGGUAAAAAGAAAGAUAUAUUCUACAAGAAAGCUUUUUCAAAUUGGUAGACUAAUUUGCGUAUACAUUAAAGUUAUUUAUGUAGAUUUUUUUGUAAUUAGUGUUUAUAAGUAAAUUUUGACAUUUAAAUCAUUUUCUGGAGGAGAGUUAGUGUGAAGCCCAAUAAAUACGAAAAUCGGCAGUAUCAUUAAGACUUUUAUAUAACUAAGUUUUGCCAAUUUUUCUUGAUAUAAUAUUCGGGAAUACUGUGCUAAAUUUAAUCAAAUUAUAUUGAAAAUUGCGACCUGCUCCAUGCGCACCAGAUUUAAAUGGACACAAAGACGGACGGACAUAUCUAAUUUGACUCAUAACGAGAUUCUGUGCAAAAAUUCCCUUAAUAUUUUUAUUAGUAAUAAAAAGAAAUAAUAAACUAUUGUUACAUGUCUUUUCCAACAAUCAAAAUGCAGAUUUCCCUACACUUUAUAAUUUCGAAAAUAUUUUUGGUUGGAUAUCGUUACUAUCCUAGCAAAAACCUGGUAAUGGGUUGUACUUCCGUAACCCCUUACUUUUCAAUGACUAUUUGCCGUAUGCAUUACUUUAAAGUACACGAAUAAUGACUCUCUUUUAAUCUGAAAGAGAAGUACUUUAUUUUCGGCUUUGUCAUUUUGUUUGCACAUUUUAUUUAAUUGCGUGUUAAGAAUUGUGUUUUAUAAACAAGAAAACAACAUUAACUUUGU